UUAAGGAUUUUUAUCUAUUCCAUUGUCCUAGACGGAAUUGGAGAGGAUCCCUCAUCGCCCUCACCCUUGGCCGCCUGCCUUGCUUCUUUUCUUCUUCUACUUCUCCUCUCCUCGGCUUUUGCGGGCGAUUCACCUUUGGAACGCGGCUCGGAAGGCCCAGAAAUCCAUCCGUUUCGUACUUAUCGCCGCCCAUCCGGCAUCCACUGCUGCAGCUAUCCUAGAGAAACUGCUCGACCUCUCUGCUGCUUCUUCCGGCAGGUAUUUACCCUUCAUCCUGUUUCUGUAUUGCGUAUAUAUGGUUUCUACAGAAUAUCUGAGUGGCUGAAUUGUAGAUUGCUCUAAAUGGCCGCGACUUUUGUGUUAAUCUACUGCGUACUUUUCUGCUGUAUGCCUUUCCCCCUCUCUCUGUUGAGUUAGUCCAUUUACUCCUUUGCUGGGUUGGGAGAUUCGCUCGAUUUGAGUUCGUGGGUUGUACUUAGCUUCGCUGUUCUCUCGGUUGUUAAGACCAGGAGUAACUGUUCCUCUCUGUUUGGGUGGAGAUGGAAAUUCUGUAGUAGCGGCUUUCUAGUUGGAUUUUGGAUACUACGGAUUCAAUUGCACGAACGUCUGUUGUUUGGUAUCUGCGUUUGUUUUUGUUUGUGCGUGUAUGUAUUCAUGCCAAGUACUGAUUGCGGGGUUGAGAUGUUAGUUUACAAGAUUUCCAAUCCUAUAGGAACGUAAUUGUGAUGCUCACAUGGGUUUUCGGCCGAAUUUAUUUCCAUUCCCUCAGUUCGAGAGCCCAAAGGACUUGAUCUAAGCUUAUGACACAUUAACCUUUGUGCUAAGCUAAUAGAAAUUUUGACCUUGAUAUGCAUCUUGAUUCUUGUUCAUUGUUUGAUCCACUAUAAUUACAUGUGUUGCCUAUGAACGUGGGGAAUUAAGAACAUUUUCGUGGUAUGCUAAGACAUUUAUGUUUGACUCGUCGAACCUUGAGCUUGUUGCCUUGUCUCGUGAUUUUCUGUAUCUUUAGAUCCCUAUCAUAAGACGCAGGAGGCAAAGAGAAGGUUCUGCAAUUUGAGGUUGGUGAAACUAGAAACCGAUUUGGGGAAAGAAACACGAACCAUAUGGAGUCACAAUCUCAAUCUGGAGACAUAUUUGAUUCCUCGUUGAAUCUAGAGGAGACACAUUAUAAAGAAGGCUAUGAUGAAGGGUACAAAGAUGGCCUGGUUGCUGGCAAAGAAGAUGCCAAACAAGUCGGCUUGAAAACGGGCUUUGAGAUUGGAGAAGAGCUCGGAUUCUAUCGUGGUUGCAUCGAUCUCUGGAACUCGGCAAUGAAGGUAGCUCCGACACAUUUCUCGACCCGAAUCCAGAAUUCUAUAAAGCAAAUGGAGGAACUGAUCGACAAAUACCCGCUUUUGGAUCCUGAGGAUGAGCGCAUUCAAGUGAUAACGGAUAGUCUAAGGCUGAAGUUCCGGGUCAUAAGAGCAGGCCUGGGAGUGAAAUUAGAGUAUGAUGGUUAUCCGAAGCCUCGAGAAAUGGAGUUUUGAAGUAGUACGUUCUUAGGGAUAUCCUGAUCCCUUUUGUUUGUCUCUACCUCCCAUCCUUUGUUACCUCAUUAAUCAUUAGCCAUGUUUUACUGUGAGGUAAUGCGCUGGAUGUCCAGCAUUGUACACUGGGGCUUUGCUGUCUCCCUCUUCUUAUGGUAUUAUAUUUCGAGUUGAAUCAAUGAAUGGCUUGCUGGUACAAAUGUUUAUCUAUUUCCUUAUAUUUUCUUCGCCAUGGGACUGAAUGAGAUUAAAUCUUAACUAUCUUA